UAUCUCUACUUUUAAAUGAGACAAUGAGCGUUGGGCUCCCACGGAAAAUCAAAAAAAUGCAGAUUAUUCAUACUCAAACCAUCGUUUCUCCUCUCACCAAUAUCUUUUUCAAUAGCACCACAUCAUCAUCUUCUCCCAAAAAGCCCUUCAAUUUCAGUCCUUUUUCUUUUAAGAAGAACCCCAAAUGGAAUGCUUUGGGUAAGGCAAAUCAUGAGUUGCGAACCAAUAAUCGCAUUGUGAUAUGCUCAGCUUCUGAACAACGAAGCUUUGGUAAUGGCGUUAAACGGAAAAGAAAAGUAGUUGAACACGUGUGUUUGAUCAAAGGGAAGGAGGACUUAUCUGAACAACAGGAGAAAGAUAUGCUGGAUUACCUGUACACAACCCAAUAUCAAAUGCCUGGCAUUCUUUCCAUCUCACUAGGACGCAUCUCUGGUGGGAAUGAUGAUAAAUAUAGCCAUGCUACCUACAUGCGCUUUCAGACAAAGGAGGAUCUCUUGAAGUUCUAUGAGAACCAAUUCUACGUGGGAGUCCUUAGGGACCAUGUGCUGCCUUACUGCCAUGAAAUUAUCAAUGCCGAUUUUGAGUCCGAAGUAGAAGAUGAUAUACUGCCAAUAUUUCGAAAAGGAGAGGAGUUCAACUAUGGCGUGGAGCUUUUACUUCUCAUAGCAUUUGUCAAGAGUUCUUUGGAUGGUCCUGCUGAAGAUGCUUUGCUUGCUCUGUCAAAGCUGAUAACGGAGUUCCCAUCCUUAAUCGUUCAGGCUACUCUUGGUUCAAUUUUUAAUAUUUCCAGCGUGGAAUAUACUCAUGGUGUAGUAAUACGGUUUCGCUCUUCUGAAGCAUUCCAGAUGUUCAUGAACAGUUCAGAAUACAAAAAUGUAAGGACACCCGAUCUGUGGCAGACAUGGAGAUCUAAAUUUCAGCCAAUCGUCCAAAAACAUCUCUCUGUUCAUUUUUCGGUUGAUCCAGCGGGCACAGAGCUUAUGUAGCAAAAAUUCAUCCCAUUACCUGAGUUACAUAUGAGGCAUUUAAACAUCCUAUUUUGGAUAUUGGCUGACUGUGGUGGUUUUGAAGAUUCCUUUAUUACAUUACAAUGCUCCCUCUUCCAAAGAGAACCAGCAGAGAAUAUUGUAACAGGUACGAAACUACCAAUUGCCUCAUAUCAAGAUUGUCAUCCGUCUGGGGAUUCACCUUGAAAUGCUAAAAAAAAAAAAUGAAAUGUUGGACUGCUUGGAGGACUUAUUAAUAGAAUGUAUCUUCUUACGAUGUACCAUAGUAAGCAUUUGUUGUUUUUGCAUUAGUAUCAUAUGUAUCCGAUGGAUCGAAAAGCCAGCUGGCUUCUUCACCAUCACCAGUGUGGCUAUUAUUGCUUAAUUUUUCUUUUAACCAGGCUUAGAAUAGAAAAUAAGGAAGAAAAAUGUACCUUAUUUGGCUGCUUUUGAGGCUAGCUAGUUGACUUCUUUGCACCAGCCGCAGUUUUUUAUUUGAAUGGACAUAUUUUAAUAAACGUUGAUUGGUUUAGCAAUA